UUCUCUCUCUCUCCCAAAAGACUGAUCAGAGGAGAAGGGAAGAGCUUUACCAGAAGAAAGCAAGACAAUAAUUGAGGAAGAGACAGAACAAGAAGAGGUCCCAAGUUGGCUGAGAGAUGGAGCUCUUUUCAUCACAACCUGAUCUAUCGCUUCAGAUCAGCCCCCCAGACAUGACACCGGCAUCAGGUUGGAGAAAGCCAGAUGAAGACAUGGACUUAGGGUUCCUGAGGAGCAACAGUAUCACGACAGCCUUAAUGGAGAAGGCCGAGAGCAACACCUCUGAGGUCUCUUUAGCUGCUCGAAGCACCGCUGUCUCCACCACCACAAGUAACACCACUCUGCUACUACACCCCCUACCCCACCACCAUCACCACCACCUCCACUUCCACCACCACCAUCACCACCAUCCUCUGCUGCAUCAAGGGUACCACCAAGAUCUUAGCUUGCUGAGGCCCAUAAGGGGAAUUCCUGUGUACCAAAACCCGCCCACCUCGCCUUUGAUGCCACCAUAUCAGCAGCAGCAGCUUCUGUGUGACUCUUCUCCCUCUACUGAGUUCAAUCACUUUGCGACAACACAAGGCCUGUCAAGAUCAAGGUACUUGCCGUCGAGGUUCCCCAUAAAAAGGAGCAUGAGAGGUCCACGGAUGCGGUGGACAAGCGCACUCCACGCCCGCUUUGUGCAUGCUGUGGAGCUCUUGGGAGGCCAUGAAAGGGCUACACCCAAGUCAGUUCUUGAGCUAAUGGAUGUCAAAGAUCUCACACUGGCUCACGUGAAAUCUCACUUACAGAUGUAUAGGAGCGUGAAGACAACUGAUAGACCAACAAAUCCUUCAGCAGUUCAAUCUGAUGGUUUCGAGAAUCGAUCAUUCGGAGAAGUUUCAGAUGAUAAUUUGGUAGAAGUUCAUAAUCUGCAGAAUUCAGAAUCGUCAACUCAUAACGGGAGACCUGAUGCACAUCAUGGAAUCAAUCAAUGGGGCCAUUCUUCCAGCUGGGGAAGCUUUUCUGAUGACUUGGUGAGUGAUUCCACCACCAAUGGAAGCAUGGAGUCCUUCAAGGAGAUGCCAUCCGAGAGAUUUGAAAUGUAUCGUGACUUGAACUCACCUUGCCUCUCGGGGACAACAAGCCAAAGCAGGCUUAACCUUGAGAUCACCCUGGGUAGGCCUCACUGAUCGUGGAGAAAGAAAAAGGAAGAAAGCAAGAAAGAAAAGAAGACAGCCAUAAAGGAGAAAGAUUGAGGCAAAGUUCCACAGAGACUUGAAGCCUCAAUCAGUGACUCAAAUUGCCUGAGUUGGUGCCUUCCAUGCAUGUGCACGCCUUCUCUUUACAGCUUCCCAAGAAAGAGAGAAGGCAAUCAUGAAGCUAAGCAUCUCAUAUCAUUGCAAGAGACUUGUAGUGUCGAUACAUUUACCAUCUUGCAUGUCUUAGUUCUGCAAAGCAGAUUCUUGUAACAUGUACGGGUAUUCUCUCACAAGAAUGCCAUCAUAUCAUUCUGUGAGAGUUCUUAGAAGAAGCUAGUUGCACAAGCAUGAAUGGGAUUCGUAGGUAUAUCAGCAUCAUUAUAUUGCUGGUCUUCUCUCUCUAUGAA